AAUUUAGAGAAUUCAGAAAAAUAUUAUAAAAAUGGCUUAUGAAAGCACAGCUCUAGAACCAACUACCAAUGUGUAGUUAUUACAUUCAUUUAUUGAAUGAGCAAUAAAUACUGUGAAAUAUAUUAUAAUUUAGUAAUAAACAUCUUAAAUUUUAUAGCUAAUUUACACAUGUUAUAAAUAUAUUAACUUAUAUGCAACUUGUCACAGCAAAACUAAACUAUAUUUUGAAGUGAGCUUGGUUCUCUCAAAUCUUUCGACAAAAAAAAAAAAAAAAUGGAAGUAGAAACGAAACAAAACCAAGAAAAGAAGAGCAACUUGGCCAACUUCUUCUUGUCUAUCAAGCUCAAACAUAUAAAGCUUGGUUACCACUACUUAGUCUCCAGUGCCUUGUACCUCUUGUUAAUACCAUUCCUUCUCAUGAUGUUAGCUCAUCUUUCAACCCUCAGUGUUGAAGAAUUAUUUGACCUAUCGAACCAUCUGAGAUUCAAUUUUCUAACGGUAGUCACAUGCGCAGCUUCUAUAGUCUUUAUCAUUACUCUCUAUUAUAUGAGCAAGCCAACAAAAGUCUACUUGGUCGAUUUUUCUUGUUACAAGCCCAAACCAUCUCAUAAGGUUACUAGAGAGCACUGCUUUCAGAUAGCUGCAGCAUGUGGAUGCUUCACAGAAGAAAGUCUGACCUUUCAAAGGAAAAUCUUGGAAAAAUCGGGUUUCGGUCAAAUGACAUAUGGACCCAAAGGCCUGACGAAGUGUCCUCAAGACCAGUCCAUUGCCGAGGCAAGAAGUGAGACAGAAAUGGUAAUAUCUGGAGCCAUCGAUGAGCUCUUAUCAAAAACUGGGGUUAACCCUAGAGAUAUUGGAAUACUUGUUGUGAAUAACAGUCUGUUCAAUCCCAUUCCUUCUCUUUCUUCUGUAAUUGUCAACCGAUACAAGCUCAGAGGGAACAUUUUGAGCUAUAAUCUUGGUGGUAUGGGCUGCAGUGCUGGACUCAUUUCUAUAGACCUUGCCAAACACCUUUUGCAGGUAAAUUCCAACUCUUAUGCCUUGGUGGUAAGCACAGAAAAUAUCACUUGGAACUGGUACAUGGGCAACGAACGAUCCAUGCUUGUCACAAACUGCCUAUUCCGUAUAGGAGCAGCUGCCAUUCUCCUAUCCAAUCGGCCAUCCGAUCGCCAACGUUCUAAGUAUCAGCUCAUUCACACCAUUCGGACUAACAAAGGUGCUGAUGAUAAGUCUUAUAACUGCGUGAUGCAACAAGAAGAUGAAAAUCAAAUUGUUGGCGUCUCCCUGUCGAAAGACCUCAUGGUGGUUGCUGGUGAAGCUCUUAAGGCAAACAUCACCACACUCGGGCCACUAGUUCUUCCUGUAUCCGAACAACUACUGUUUUUCGCUACCUUAGUUGCGAAAAGGAUCUUCAAAAUGAAGAUAGACCAAUACAUUCCUGAUUUCAAAUUGGCAUUUGAGCACUUCUGUAUUCAUGCCGGUGGACGAGGUAUUUUGGAUGAGCUAGAGAAACACCUUAAGCUCACUCCAUGGCAUAUGGAGCCUUCAAGAAUGACUCUUUACAGGUUUGGUAACACUUCAAGUAGUUCUUUAUGGUAUGAAUUGGCUUAUUCCGAAGCCAAAGGAAGGAUCAAGAAGAGUGAUAGGGUGUGGCAAAUAGGAUUUGGUUCAGGAUUCAAGUGCAACAGUGCUGUUUGGCAUGCUUUGAGGACUGUCAAUCCUGACAAAGAAAAGAACCCUUGGGUGGAUGAAAUUAAUGAUUUUCCUGUUCAUAUACCUAAAGUUACACCUAUAGUUCAUUAACAACCUUUCUUUAUCAAGUGCUUGUUAUAUAUAUAUAUGUGUGUGUCUUUUCUAGAAGUUAAUUCAUGUUUUGAUUUAGGGUUAA